AUGCCUUCCUUUCUCUCUGGCAGACAAAGCAGUCGUUCUCAGCAACAUCAACAUCAACAGCAGCAGCAGCAGCAGCAGCAAGAGACGCCUCCGCCUGCCCUGCUCCAGCGACAGCAGCAACAGCAGCAUCCUUUUGGUGACACGCCCGGAUCUGGACCUGGACCCGGCCGUGGCCCCGGCGAAGACCCUGGGCCUGCUACAGCCGCAUCCUUCUCAAACACUGACCUGCCUGCAUUUGACUCUUUGCAAAAAACGCUCGGGAGACGCCAGUCGCAGCUCUUGGACGAGCAACAGCAGCAGUUGUUUUCAUCGCAGCAACAGCAACGCAUGCAACAGGCACAGCAGCAGCUGCAGCACCAGCAAAACCAGCAAAACCAGCAACAGUACCCGCCACCAUUGGCUCCUGGAUUGACAAAGUCCAGUAGCACCAAGCUUCCGUCCAGCGUGGCCUCUCCUGCCGGCAACACGUCGACGGCUGGGUUUGACGGACAACAACCGCAUACACCGCUCCUUACGAAACAGACAAAUCUGGAAUACCUCGAGCAGGUGUCACGGUCACAGUCGCAGCGCUACCCAACGCAGGUGGGACCUUUGCAGACACAUCAGCAUUACUCGUCCUCGUCUCUUGGCGCUGCGUCGGUUGAUGACUUGAGCAGAACACUUCCCAUCUCUUCGCCGCUUGCUGGACAGCCUCCGCAGUUUCCACUGAAGGACCAGUACCAGCAGCAGGUUCAGCAGCAGCAACAGCAACGAGUUCAGAGCCCACCACAGCCACCGCCACCCGCCCAAGAAACACGCCGGACCACUCGCAAGUUAUUUAAGAAUUUCCUUGGAGGUGGCUCAGGCUCCAAUCGUGGUUCAGGGCCGGAUUCAAACGGGCGCUCGCAGCUCCAGCAACAGCCACCGCCACCGUCGUUGCCUCAGCCUGGACCGUCGCCUGCUGCACAAAACGUCCACAACAACUCAGCAGGUCUUGCUCGAAGACCGUCCAAGAGACUGAGCCAGCAGCCGCCUUCUUUGCGUACUGGACCUUCGCAGCUGUCUCUCGACCCGUCUCAGCAGGGCUGGCCACUCCAAGGGCAGCAGCAGCAGCAGCAUUUUAUCGGGGCGGAUUCGGCUGGAAACCCAGGCAACACGCAGCCGUCACCGCUCCAGGGGAUCGGAGAAUUUGCUGGUGACAACCAGGGAGGAGGCUAUCCAGUUUCGGACAACGAUCAGCCGCCACCGCCGUCGAUCCGCCGCGUGCAUACUGGUGAGCCUGACCAGCAGGAAACGUCUCCUUACGGUCCGGACGAUAUUGGCACACAAAGCAACAGCCACGCUGCGCAGCUCGCACAAGGCAGAUAUAUCCAGCAACUGGCUCCUGGAGUGUCGCCGUCGGAACAGGUCGUUUUGCAACAACAGGGUGGAAACACCGCCUUCGGACAGGGCCAAUUUGACCCACAGCAACAACAACCAUACCCCGCCCUUCAGUACCAACAGCCACAGGCGAUCUCCACCAACACCCCCCACCAGGGUUUCAUUGGUCACUUAAGCACAACUGGUCUUCCGCAGCAGCAGCACUCUCUUCUGCAACAGCACACACCCAACCCAGAGACAAUCUCGCAAGUGUCCCACGAAUCUCCCGUUGCUGAAGCCGACCAGCUGGCCGCUCAAACAUCGUCGUCUGCCGGUAACACCUAUUCGUCUCAGGAUCCGCACCGUCAGAUUCCACUGGGCCAGACAGCCGCACUUCAAGACUUAGCGCCAACCCCGCCCCCACCUGCUCAGCAUCAACAGCAGCCACCGGCCCAGCUUCAAGCCGUUCAGGCAGCGCAACAACAAGGCCAGGCACUGCAAAACCCGGCAUCCGGCCAGGAACUGCUUCAGGAAGAGGACACCAUGCCACCUCCACCUGGUGGCCCACCGCCCAACCGUCGGUCGCAAGACACCAAUGAUCGGUCCGGUCAACCUUCAGGCGGUCAGCCGCCGCCGUACCGCCACAACCAAGGUGCACUAUCGGCCUCAGGCCCACCAGGGAGCUUGAGCCCUCUGCCUCCUUUGCCAGCGGGGUCCAGCGGUACUUCUGGUGGCCCGACUCAAGGCUACCGGGGCGCUAGCGACCAACGGCAGUACGAAGGUGCUUCUACUGAUGGCCGUACCAGCCCACAGCCUUCUACCGGGGACCGCGACGCGCCCGUUGCUGACUCCGAAAAGGCUCUCAAGGAACUUGCGUUGAAGUACAAGAAUGUGAAGCGCUUGUAUUUUGAGGGCAAGAGCCAAAUUGACCAGCUCACGGGACAGAUUGAGCACCUGCAGAAUGCUAUUGCCAAUCAGCGUAUGUCUCAAUCGCGUACCGCUCUGGACGACAGCGAGUAUGCUACACGCUUCAACCGCCUCAAUGGUGCUAUCACCAACUUGUCAUUCAACAUCCGCAAGGACUGGGAGGGACUACCGAAAUGGAUCGAGCCCUAUGCCAGCCCUGAGGCGCUGAAGACAGGGAAGCAGGAAAUGACGGCUGUUGGCCGUGCUAUCAUUUGCCGAUGGGUUGUUGAAUGCGUUUUCAACCGGUGCUUCCACCCUGGUCUCGACCCUGAACUGAGCCACCAGCUGAAGGAGAUUGAACGAAACAUCCGUGGUUCGUCGAAGAAGUUUGGCAGCCAGGAGGAGUUCGAUGCCCUGACGUACAAGAUUAUCAGCUGGCGGAUGGCCACCCUCGAGGGUCUACAGGACACACUGUCAAGGCCGGAGAGCAACGAAAACCGGGUCAAGUUUACUCAGCAAGCAGUUGCCGACCUGACUUCGUACUUAUACCAGUACAUGUCGGAAACCCCUCCCCCUGGCGUCGACGGCAGUGCGAGCAUGAUUGUGGAGCUGGCGGUGGGUAUUGCAUCCAACCUGCCUAUGGAGAGUCGCGAUGUAGUCGUCUCGUUGCCGAUGCCGCUCGACUACGUUUCGCCACAGUGGAUGGAUGUUGAGAAACAAGGCCUGCCACCGCUCAACACAGGCGCGGACGGCGAUGCUGAACAGGACGAAGACGAUGCAGCAACAGACGACGGUGUUGCUGGAAACGACGAUGAGCACGUUGGGGCAUCGCGAAGUGCACACCCUUCCAACGAUAUGCCAAAGGUGCGCUUUGCAGGCUUUGUUGCCGUCGAAGUCCGCGGUCGCCAAGUGCUAGCAAAGGCCUCUGUGUGGACAUUGUAG